AUGACCUCUAAGGUUUUCAAGUCCGUGACUAGAUUCUCUAUUCCACGAAAUCUGCUCAUGUGGAUAAUUCGGCUCCACUUUCACCCUAGCGCAUCUAUAGUCAAGCAACAACGGCGGCCUCGAAGACCGGAACAAACCAACUAUUGUUGCCAGGCGAUGGACCUAGCAGCCGAGCCAGUAAUGAGGCAACUGGGAGAAGAGUAUUCUCAUCACAUAUUUUUAUCCCGGCUGGACUUCAGCUUUGAUCUCGUUCGUAGCUCAUCAUCGCCCACCACGAGAUCCGAAUCUGAGGAGUGUGUAUGUCAGCGCUCCGUCCGACAUACUCGAGAGCAACUUGAUCUUAGGGCAGAAGUGAAUGAUGUGGGUGAGAAAAACUUGUAUUUCCUCCACUAUCUUUGCUAUCCAGAUUCAGGUUUAAACAAAGAUCUAUGGAUAUUAAUUGAUUAG